AUGAAUGGUGUGAACAUCUAUUUAAAAAAUUUGGUAUUAUUAGUAUUUUCAUUUUUAUACAUAUUUAUUCAUGAAUCUCAAGUGGCCGCUAUUCAUUCUGGAAACCAUCUUUUAAAUGAGCUUAAUGAUAUUUAUUCACCAUGUGAUUUAAAAAACUCUCCUUUUACGGAUUGUGUAUCACUAAAUCCAAGAAAGAUUGGUAGGAAGCGUGGAAAAGAAAUAAGAAUUCAUUCUUCGUUAUUGUAUAUGGCAAAUUACAAAAUGGAAAAAGUAAUAUUAAAAAAACCCGUAAAAUUUCAUGCAUUGAAAAUUUCUCAAUCUUUAGAUGAAUACGAAAAUAAUUAUGAAUAUCAUCAAAAUGAAAUUGAAGCUGAUAUUAUUGAAGAUAAAUUAAUGGGAUCAGAAGAUAUUAAUGAUGACGAAGGGAAAAUUAUGCAAUAUUUGUAUGAAAAAGCCAAAUUUUCAGGUAUGCCAAAAUUGAUUGAUUCUAAUUGGGAAAAUACUGGAUGGAUAGUUAUGGGAUAUUAUGAAGGAAUAUCUUUACAAGAAUUCUAUCAGACAGUAUAUAAAGAUAUAGACGAUAUUAAGGUACAAAAUGAUCAUCAAUUUCAAGAUAGGAUGAUAUUAAAGAAAGGAAUAAUAUAUAAGGAGUUACAUGAAUAUAUUAAAAACAAAUUAAAUACUAAAGAAGUGCAUAUGCAAAGUGAAAAAGGAGAAGAAAUUUCUUAUGAAAAAAAAAAACCAACUGAUACUUUGGAUUAUUUAGAGUUAAACGGUGAUUAUAAAAGAAAUAGCUGGUUUUUUAAUUUAUUAAUAUCUCAAUAUAAUGCAAUAUCUCAAGUAUAUUUAGAGUUAUUAAAUAAAGGAGUAAUACAUUGCAACCCAAGUCCCUCAUCAAUAAUGAUUAAAAAGGGUAAACUAGGAAUACAUCCAAGUGAAAUUAUUUUUGUGGAUUAUUCUCAAUCAAUUAAAUGGAAUAUUGAAACAUCACAAAUAUUUUAUUCAGAUGUUAAACAAUCAUGUAUACCAGAUUUGAAGCCAAUAUUAGCAUUUUUACUUGCAGAUUUUGGAGUAUAUAUUCCUAUGUCAUCAAUUGAUAUCACAUUCUUUGGUGAAAUUUCAUUAGCACCUAUUAAUAUUAUUUCUAAAAUGGAUGAUUCAACAGUAUCUGGCCAAUGUGUUGAUUAUAACAAUUUAAUAAAAGAAUAUUAUAACUCAAAUUUUAAUUGCAAAGAUUUGCUGGCAGAUUAUACAUUAAAACAUUAUCAUUCAAUCAAUUGUGAUACACCUUUACCAUUUAAUCCAGCAUUACCAUAUCAUUUUAAAUUAUUCCACUUUUGUCAGAAAACAUGUCAAGUAUGUAAUAAAGAGUGUGAAGGAUUGAUAUCAUUAAUGAAUACUGAAUUAUAUGAGGAAUCAUUCAAAGAUGGAAAAAAUAAUAUAUUAAAAGAUUCAUUUGUGGAAAGAUUAUUUAGGGCAUGUAAACCAAAUACUGAUUUAUUAUCUAUUGAAAAACUUUCUAACUAUUGGCUUAAUAAUGAUUAUUGGGGAAAAAUGAAUUUAAUUGAUGGUUCAUUAAAUAAUGAUGAUUUGGGAGCUGAUAAAAUUGAUAAUUCAGUUUUGGGUUGUAAAUGGUGUAUUGUACAUCAGAAUAUAUUAAAGAGCAUAUUAAUAUAUUAUGAAUUACCUCAAAUCAUAUUAUAUCCAAAUAUUGAUUUAUUUAUAGGUAAUAUUAAUAUAUUAAUUGAUUCACAUCAGUUAAUACAGAAUAACUUUAGGAAUUAUUUGAUAAAUAUGAAUAUUGAUAUAUUUCAUGAUAUUUUAUCUGGUAAUAUAUCAGAAAAAGAAUAUUUGGGACAAAAGAAAAGUUUUAUAGCUAGAUUUAAAGACAUUCAGUUCAGAAAGACAGUAAAUUCAUAUCUAUUAAUUGGGGGAGAUAUUGGAAAAAUUCGAAUGAAUAAUGUGAAUCCAAAUCCAAAUUUUGGUUUUCCUGAAUUAUCACUAAGGGUUGAAUUUCGAGAAAAUAUUCCAUCAGGAUUGUUAUAUUAUAAGAUUUUAGAAAAAGAUUAUUUACUUAUUAAUAUAAAGAUUAUUAAGCAAGCUUUUGUAAGAUAUAUGUACAAGGGAUUCAGUUCAAGGUAUAGACAAAGAAUACUUGAGAUGUUAAACACUUAUUCAUUAAGGUUAUUACCAAAUUCAUUGAGAAUAUUUCCUAUUUUUGAGACAAAUUUACAGUGA